GAGAAAAUUAAAGACUCUGCCCCAGUAAAGACAACUGACAAAGGUACCAAAAUGGUUAGCUUUGGUAAAUCUAGUCAAGUCAGCAACAGUGCAGCUUGUGACACUACCCUGGACAUGUCAGUUAUAGAAGGCAAUAAUGCAGACAAUGCUGACAACAUGAGCAGUAAAGCAGACGAGUCUCUUAUGGAGCUGAGCUUUUCUAACUUGAGUAAAGCCAAGCCUGGAGCCACUUCAUCUGUUACAGAUGCGAGUUUUCUAAGCAAAUCUUUCAAGCAAUAUCGUGAUUCUCCUGGUCCUACCUCCAAGUCAACAGCGAAGACAAUGAAUUCUAAAACUGUCUCUGAGAGCAGUGAUGAUUCUGAGCUUGAUGUCAGCGUGGAGAUGAGUAAUUUAAGCAUUUCAGAG